UGCGGUUAAACCUCAAAGCAGAAGAAGAGCCCAACGCGGAAGUCAUGAAGGCUACGCUAGUAAUGCUAACCAGCUGUGUAGCUAUCCUCGCCGGUUCUUGCUGAUAGUAACCUUGCGUUCUCACCAGUUAACUUUCACUGUAAUUUACUUAGCUGCUAAAAAGCUGCAUGACAGUGACUGUGCUGUAUAUCGGUUCCUGUUUUGUGAAAUAUCCAUGCAGCUGAAGUGCUGAAAAUGAGAGAAGGAGUGUGUGUCCUGUGACUCAGCUCUUGUGUAGCCAUGGAGAAGCCCUGGAGGCUGUGGGGGGCAGUAGAGCGGUGUACCCUGACUCUGGCCUCCUGGUCCUGGGGUGCAUGUCGAGUCUCCCUUUUGGCUCUCAUCCUCACCUUCCACCUGUAUGGCGGAUUCUUCCUCCUAGCUCUUAUUCUAGCCUCUGUGGCAGGCAUCCUCUACAAAUUCCAAGAUGUGCUCCUCUACUUCCCUGACCAGCCCUCCUCCUCUCGCCUUUAUGUUCCCUUGCCAACAGGAAUCCCUCAUGAAAAUGUGAACAUUCGCACCAAGGACGGUGUAAAGCUUAACCUCAUCCUGCUUCGCUACACAGGAGGCGACACGCCUCCUGGAGUCACCCCUGGCAAUCAAAGCAGCCCCACUUCCUCUGCUCCACCUACAAUCCUAUAUUUCCACGGUAAUGCAGGUAAUAUCGGUCACAGGGUGCCAAACGCCCUGCUCAUGCUGGUCAAUUUAAAAACCAACGUGGUGCUGGUGGACUACCGUGGCUACGGGAAAAGUGAGGGUGAGCCCAGUGAGGAUGGGCUGUACCUGGAUGCAGAGGCCACACUGGACUAUGUCAUGACUCGUCCUGAUCUGGACAAGACAAAGGUGGUACUAUUUGGCCGCUCACUGGGGGGUGCUGUGGCUGUGCGCUUAGCAUCAGUCAACCCUCACCGUGUAGCAGCCAUUAUUGUUGAAAACACCUUCCUCAGCAUACCCCACAUGGCAGCGACACUCUUCUCCUUCUUGCCAAUGCGCCUGCUGCCUUUGUGGUGCUAUAGGAAUCAGUUCCUGUCCUAUCGACAGGUGGCGCUGUGCCGCAUGCCCUCACUAUUUGUGUCUGGUCUGUCAGACCAGCUCAUCCCACCUGUCAUGAUGAAACAACUGUAUGAGCUGUCUCCCGCGCGGACUAAACGCCUGGCUAUCUUUCCAGAGGGCACACACAACGACACGUGGCAGUGUCAAGGCUACUUUGCGGCUUUGGAGCAGUUUAUAAAAGACCUGCUGAAGAGCCAUGCCCAUGAGGAGAGUGCCCAGCCCUCAUCUAGUGUCACCAUUAUCUGAAAGAAAAAGUCAUGUACUGAUUGUAGACUACUGGUUGUGGGCUGGAGGAAGUAAAGGCUGUCACUGGGGAUUGAUUGGACUUAAUUGAUUUCUUUUUUCUUUUCUUUUUUUUACAAAGAAUGUAAAAAAUAUAUAUAAACAUAAAUGUUUUUUCUCUGGGUUUCUAUUUUAUUUAACUCUUUCUACCUUUCUGUACAUGUUCAAAUGAUUUGACCAUUUCAAGGUUUGAAGAGAGGGUAACAAUGUCCUUUUGUUUUACAGCUAUGAAUGCAUGUAUUUAAGACCUUAAAUGACUGAAGCCAAAUCAUACGUGCCCACACUGCAGUCACAACAUAUUUGCUGUAAUGGGUCAUCGGGUCUACAGAAAUACAUUUAAAUCCCUGAAACAAUUGCUCAUCACAUACUGACCAUAUGAGGACCUACAAUAUUACAGUCAAAACUGAACUACUGGAAUUAAAAUUAAUCUUUUCAUAUAGAAAAUGAGACACUGAUUAUAUCUAGGCCUAUACUGUAUAUAUCUUUGUUUAUACAUAACCUUGCACUGUCUUUAGUUCAGAUUUACCCAAGUGUUGAGUUAUGUAUGCUAACAUCUUCUGAGCAAUACUUUGAGAAGAAUAAGGAUGUUUUUUUUUCUCCCUUUUUGGUGAGGAACAUGGUGAGUCCUUGCAGCAGCUUGGCAUGACAUGAUUUAGUAUUGAUAUAUAUAUAUACCCUUACAAAUUUUGUUUGGAACAUAGCAUUAAAAACAUGUUGAAGAACUGUAUUCAGCCAUAAAAGGGUUGAGUGCUGAGAUGAAGUGGUUAGUAAGAUAAGUGUGAUAUUUGUUACUUCUGCCUAUCAAAAAUAACUUGAGAACUUAUUUCCGGUCGAGCUACUUCUGUCAAAAUGUCAUGGCUUGGGCUGCUUGAUUAUGGAAAAAUUCAUACUUCUUUUACAUGAUUACUCAUUGACUUUUGGAAAGAUGUAAUUAUUGAAGUUAAAAAAAUCAUCAGUGAAAACUGCGAAAUUCCCUUCUAAUACGUUUCUCGUUAGAGCUUUUAGUUUUUCUCCAUUCAGAAAACAGGACAACAUAAGAGUUGACUUACAAAACUAAAUGUGCAAAUAUUUUUUUUUUAUUGAUUACUCUGUUUUUUAGAUUGUUAGGAGCAGAAAGAUUAAUUGCACAUCCCUAUUCUUUACUGUUAAAUGGGCUGUAGUUGCUACAUAGCAACGAUGGCUCCAGUAGUUUGGUAAGGAACAUUUGCUCUUACACUCUAAUUGCACAAGUAAGCAACUAAUUUCUGUCCACAUACAAACACGGGCAUGUGACUAUUGUAUCCAGGCAGUCUUGAAAAAAAAUCCAAACCUAUCUAAAGAUGAAGUGUGAACUUUUUUACUCUAAUGGUGUGAUUAAUUGUUUGAUAUUAUCAACAUCGUAAUUGUUAUUUGGAGAAUUCUAGGUUCUCAUGUGGCAAAAUGGCUUUACUCAAUUUCAAUUGGAGGUCUUUUAUUGAGCUAAUUAACUUUUCCUGCAUGUCUUCCAACAGGUGGAGCCGAGUCUGAUUGUUAAAACACCGUUACCUGCUCUUGCUUUCCAAAUGCAGCAUGCUGCACUGCGGUGGUACUAAAGCCAUUUUAAUACAGACCUCCUUAGCCAUAUUUGAUACUGUUUGUAAACAGUAUGCUCCACAAAAUCUAACAAACAAGACAACAUGUAUCAUUGUGAACUUGAAAAUGGUCUAAAGGCUACUAUGAAUGUGAAUUAUGAUCUUGAAUUAACAAGUGGGCUUUACAAGAAAUAGUUUCUAGAUGGCCUUUUCAACUUUUGUUGUGACUUUUUGCCACCAGUGACACAAAAGUUUCAGACAUUUUUGUAUCAUUUCAAACCCAUAAACUGAGUUAGAUUUAGCUUCUUAUAUGUUGGUAGAGAAUAAUGUUUUCUCUCUGAAUUCCACCAUAUGAAUAUCCAUUCACUUAGUUCCACACACUUUGUUUUACACACCUGCUGUUAGUUUGCAUUGCGCUGUAUCUUCAUUCAAGUAAAGAUGUGGGAACUUCUUCAUUUGACGUAUUGUUAUGGUGGCUUGCCUGAAGCAAAGGUAACUAAAAUUUUGGGUUUAUAUGCUAUCCAAAUGUAUUGUUACUGUUGAUGAAAAGAAAUGGAAUCAAACUGAAUGUCUCUUUAUUUCUUUUUAUAAAAAAAAAUCCUUUGCCAGGUAUUUUGCAAAUGCACUAUGGAACAUAUUUUCAUAUGUUCAUAUACUUGUUAAAAGAAUGGAAUUAAUGCUGUUGGAAGUGUUGACAUCAUUUUGAAUUUGCAUUUGGAAGCUGGCAUGUGAUCACGUUGAGUCUUGGCAAAUUUCUGUAAUGGACCUGCACAGUGUUGACAUUGUUUGUGUACAUCUACCAUGACUCCACAGGGAAGAAACAUUAAUGGGAUAUCUGAACAGUCAGACAUCUGAAAGAUUCAACUUCCUCUUCAGUAUGAAGCAGUCAGUUUGAGGGAUUUUCCAUAUAACUUUAAUGUUUUUUUUCUAUAUCAAAACAAUGUAGACAAAUUCUUUUCUAAGCACACAUUUUCACUUUCUAUUUUCUGUACUGUAACAUGCAAUAAAUUGAUACGUUCAA